CCUUGUAAGAAAAAGCAUCAAGAAGAUGAUUCAAUCAGAGAUUCUUCACAACUCAUGGUCUUCAACUAACCAAAUUCAUCCUUUUUAUGAAUAUCAAAAUCAUGGUGUUUCUAAUUAUUCUUCACUUAACUCCAAAGAUCAAGAUUCCUCUGAAAUUUCCUUCUCAGAUUUCACUUCCCUUUUCUCUGAUGACGUUCUUACUGAUCUUCCCAUGGAUGAUAUGGAGUUUGUUGAUGUCUCCCGAUGGUUAAACGAUAGUGAAAGUGAAGGAAAUGAAAAUAUGAAAAAAGAUGGAGAUUCAUGUAGUCCUGAACUUUCAAGCAUAUCCAUUGAUACCUCAACGACAAUACAAUCAAGAAACGAUGUUGUUUCACAUGUACUUCAAGGAAAUAGUAGAGAAAUGGAUAACCAAAUGAGAAUUCAUCAUUUAUUGUCAGUUUAUGGAGAGGCAAUGGAAAAUGGUCACAAGGAACUAGCAGAAGUGAUCAUAAGAAGCAUAAAGGGGAAAAUAAAUCCUUUAGGUGAAUCGUUGGAAUGCGUUGCUUCAAACUUAUUCCAGCAAACAGAAGAGGAUCAAGGAAGUUAUUUGAGACAAGAAUCAAACAAGAUUAUUGAAGCAGCAUUCAAGGCCUUGUACCAAAUUUUCCCAUUAGGGAAAUUUGCUCAUUUGGCUGCUAACUCAGCAAUUGUAGAAGCUAUGCCUGAUGAUGCACAAAUCAUUCACAUAGUAGAUUAUGACAUGGGAAAAGGGAUUCAAUGGCCUCCAAUUAUUGAAGUCAUGAGCCAAAAAAGAAAGAUUUUGAGAUUAACAUCCAUAAAGAAAACAGAGGAAGAAUCAACAAGUGAUCAUUGGAGAUUUGAGGAGACAAAAAGAAGACUUCUUGAUUAUGCAAAUCCUUUUGGCCUAACAUUACUAGUUGAGGAGAUGACAUUUGAAGAAUUGGCAAGUGAAUUGAGAAGAAUGAAGAAAAGGGGUAAAAGGAGUGAAUGGUUGGUUUUCAACUGUAUGUUUCAAUUCCCUCACAUGGGGAAAAGAAUGCGUAGAAUCGACGCGUUGGAGUUUCUAAAACUAGCUAAGGAAUUGUUAUUAGCUAAUUCUUCAACACACAGAGGACUUGUUACUUUUGGUGAUGGAGAAGCAAUGGACAAUAGUCAUCAAAACACAAACUAUACUUUUUCUUCAUACUUUAACAAGAAUUUUAUACAUUACCAAUCGAUUUUCGAGUCAUUGGAAUUGUAUUUUCCAUCUCAUCUUGCACAAGCUAGACUUGCUAUGGAAUCCCUUUUUCUAGCACCUCAAGUGUGCUCAUUUUCUUGGUUUCAAAACUGGGAAGAGAUGACAAGUGUUUCUGAUUCUUGUAGUGAAAUAGGGUUGCAAGGUAUGAGAAUAAGCAAAGAAAACUUAUUACAAGCCAAAGAAGUGGUGAAUGAAAGAGAAACUCCAUUUAAGGUGAGGAUUGAAGAAGAAAGACAGCAUGAGAUGGUCUUGGAAUGGAAAGGCAUAUCUGUGGUGAGAGUUUCUACUUGGAUGUAGAACAAG